AUGGGCCUGGUAAAUGCCGUUUAUAGCUGGCCUUCCGUGAAAGCACUCUACUUUUCUGUUUUCUCUAUGAAUCUGGCCGGCCUGAUAGCCCUCGCUUUUGCCAUCCUCUGGGCCGUACGAUUCGAAAGAGGCUUUGGCGAUUAUCUGAACCUCAUCACUCCAGAUGAAUUUUUUAGAAUUCGCGUAACGCAUGUUCGUUUGUAUGUGUGUGGGUUAACGUGCAGAUCACGACGAGCAGGUGACGGUCACGUAUGGACCGGAAUAAUACUCUCCACCGCCUUGUGCUGUUCUCCUGCCUAUAUCCUGGGAAUCAAAUGUUGGUUGUGCUUGAGAUUAGAGCCAACGAGGACCGACCUGGGGGAUCGACAUAAAGUCGACGAUACGGCGGAUCCUCAAGAUAUAAAUCGACUUUUUUACUUCCACGUGGUUGCCUGUUUACUGUCGGGAUUUUUGGUAGCGAUUUUAAACGCGACUUAUCUGAUUCUGUUGAGCGGGUUCCAGCAAAAAAGUCGCGAUGGCUUGACAGAAGCUAUUGAGAAAUACGGUAUCGAUAUUGCCGUAAAGGCGAGGGUGGACGCUGUUCAAACUGAACUAGAAUGUUGCGGAGAUACCAAUUACGAGGAUUGGUUCCGAAUUCCGUGGCUUAAACUGUCUAUGGAGGGACCAAAGGAUGUGCAGAAAGGUCCUCGGCUGGAAGGGCAGUGGAGAUCAGCACCAGAGGAGCAAGAGGAAGAAACUUCCACGCCCGUAGACGUACCUUUUUCUUGUUGUUCCAAUAGCAUUCCUAAACCUUGUAUUCAUCACGACAUUCUGAGCCCCAGUGCCGUGUACGAUUACAAUCCUAAACAUUUGACCAUUAGUACCAGUGGGUGUAGAUCGAAGAUUAUAAAUCGAGGUGAAGUUAUUCGAAUAUUCUUGACAGGAUACCUUCUUCUUUUAUUCGCGUAUCAGAUAACUUUAUCGAUUUUCUCACGAUUAUUGCAAACCGCUCACAGCAACGAAAUGUACAUAGGGCCUCAAAAGACGCGUUACUACGUCUGGAUAUUCUUCAAGCCGGAAGAUUUUCCCGAAAACGGGAUAAAGAGCAAACUACGGUUGCAAAGGAAACGGUCGAGAAGCAAGAUUUCCACUACGUUCUCGAAAAGUUCGGACGAGGAGGAAAUAAGUACGCAGCGUCCGAAAAGUAGGAAGAGCAGUAUGAAAGUUUUAACGAAAAUUCGCUCGAGAAUCUCCUCGGUUAAAUCGAAAAGCGUGCCUGUUAUUAAAUCUGCUUUAUCCUCGAAGAAUUUUCGAAGUAAGAAAAAAUUCGCUCAUCGUCAUCAGUUGGAGGAUAUGGAGAGAGACGAAGAGGAGAGACCGGACGAAGAGAGGAAGCUUCUUUCCAAAACUACUAGAUCCGAGAUUGUUAUGCUGAAAAAUCAUCUCUCCAUUUUUUCUCUACUGUCGGACGAUUCCUCGUUAAAUUUGCCCCCACCGCCGCCGCCGCCGCCACUGUCGCCGUUUAUACCUAUCCUUGACGUAGAGAACGAAAGUAAACAAACCAUUAACAUCGUGGAAAAUAAUAUAAGCGAACAAUUCGCUACGAUCGUAGAGGACAAAAGCGAACGAAUCGUCGAGAUGGUAGAAAACGAAAGCGGACAGAUCUCCAAAAUGGUGAAAAAUGAAAAUGAACAGAUAGUGGUGCGAGAUAAGAGCGAACAAAUCGUCAAGAUCGUAGAGGAGCAUAAAAGCGAGCAAAUCGCCAAGGUAGUGUCUUCAAAAUCGUUGGAAUUGGGAAAACUCGAUUAUCCGUUACAGGAAAGCAUGGUCAGAAUUCCGAACUCUGGUAGACGGAUAAAGGUGUUGGAAAAAUUUGGUAAAAUUUGGGAACGCAUCGAUAAGGGUACGCAGCACAGAGAAAGCGGUGGAGCGGAUAUUUUGAAGAGAAAUUCGAAAAUUAAUAAUUAUCUGAAGAAAAGUAGUCGCGUGAAAUUAAGCACAACCGACGUCUACGACAGAUUUCGUGGCACUCUUCAGCACACUCUGGCCAGAAGGGAAACCAUUCAAGCCCAAAAAGAAUUGAAAAAAGCGUACAAUCCCAAAGUGGAAAACAAUCCAGAUAUAAAACGUAGCCACGUUUUGGCAAAGAUACGGCACAACAUUCCACCCUCUUACCGUUUACUAGCCGACUUCGAAGCUCACAAAAGGCCUUUUUUACAAACGUAUCCGAAAUCAUCGCCCCUUUCGCGCUCUUUCUCGCCUCCCCCUCCUCCUCUCCCUUCUCCCCUCUCUCCCUCUCCCCCCUCUCCUUCCCCUGCUACCCCUCCGCCUCCCGCUCCCCCUCUUCCUCCUCCUCUCCCACCUCCGCCCCUCCCUGCUCUUCCUCCACCGCCAUCUCCGUCAAAUCUUCGACUAAAGCCGAUACCGCGAAGGCAACGACAAUGCAGCAUAUGCAAUCGUCCUGUUCAACAAAGCGCAACCUCUUCUUCCGAAUCUCUCAUCGAAGCUUACGAGAAUACUCGAAGGUUUUCCAGUUCGAUUCGAAGGAAAGCUUACGGCCCGUUCUCGUAGCGCACCGGUCGAUCAAGAGGAGAUCGCGUUACCUUACGAGUCGAUCUACUACCACUCCCUGUUUAAAUCCAUCAAACGCAGAUGGCACUCUUUUUGAGUGAAACGUUUCCAUAGCGAUGAAUUAAAGUAAAGAUGCAUUCGCGAAUGAACCGAAUCGUAAAGAAAAAAAAUGUAAAUACAAGUAGGAAAUAGUGGAAAAUAAGAAAAAAAGAAAAAAACGAUAGCUGGUAAUAGAAAUGUUAAUACGAAGAGGAUAAGGUAGAGAAGAUAAAGAAACACAGUCGUACAAUACUUGAUGGUAUUUAUUUGCCGAGAAGUAAAAUACACAGGCAUUUUUGUUAUAAUGGUACUGCCGAAGAAUACUUCUUACGUCUCUGUAAUACAUCUAGCGACAAUACAUCGGUACUAAAAAGAGAGAAGCUGAUUUUUCAUCAAUUUGUCUGUUUUACCAAAUGCUUUACAAUAUUUGCGUACUUUUCCCCCCUAUCUCUCAUCAUCUUUGUGUUUCGUUUAUUUUUUUCUUCUUUUUUUUUUUUCUUUCUUUUUUCUUUUUUCUUUUUUUUUUCACUUGUUCUACUUCUUAAUCAGGCUUCGUGUUUACUCUAUUGAAUAUAUUUUUCGCGAUUGCUCGUCUCACUGUUUUUUUUUUUUCGCUUCGAAAAAUCGGAAAACGGCCGGCGCGCGAUAGACAUUCGUACGUUCGUCGUAGUCGAAAGAGAAGAGAGAAACAAAAAAAGAAAAAAAAAA